UCCCUAUCGUAAACUGGUUUGCUUUUAUUACAAGUUAAAAACGAUCGCUUCGGUAAAAUAUAUCACCGCAAACGCCGGCUUUAUAAUGCUGAGCUCAACUUACAGCCAUUGCAGUUGGUUUUAAGACGUGCGCGAGACAACAACUCAACAAUACGAUCCGUUAAUUCGAGUUCACACCGAUAUUCGCUGGGAUAUAUAUACAAAUAAUUAAACGCAAAAUGUUGCGUCGCUUAUUAACGUACGCGUUGUGCUACUAUCUCACAGUUGCUGUGUACGCCUAUGAAGUGCCAAAGGCAAAAAUCGAUGUCUUCCAUACCAAAGGUUUUGAGGUCUCCAUACCAGAUGAGGAGGGCAUCACUCUAUUCGCUUUCCAUGGUAAACUUAACGAGGAGAUGGAUGGUUUGGAGGCCGGUACUUGGGCCAGAGAUAUUACAAAAGCGAAAAAUGGACGUUGGACUUUCCGUGAUAAGAACACAAAAUUGAAACUCGGUGAUACGCUCUACUACUGGACUUAUGUGAUAUAUAAUGGAUUGGGUUAUCGUGAGGACGAUGGCGUCUAUGUGGUAAAUGAGUAUGCCGAUCCCUUGGCCAAUACUGGAAAUGGAAUGAAUAACGGAGGAGUUGGUUUAAUCGAUGUGCGCAAAGAACACAAUGAGCACAAUGAAAAUUGCAGAUCAACACCGUCGCUAAGAAAUGGUGCUGAGUUGCGCUGUGCUAAUCAAUUGAUAUUUGAUGAUGACUUUAAUGGCUCGCGGUUGGACCAAAACAAAUGGACUGCAGAACGACGUUUCUCUACAAAACCCGACUAUGAAUAUGUCUUAUACUUGGAUGAUGCGAGUGAUGUGUUGCAAGUGAGAAAUGGCAUGGUUACCAUAAAACCAAAAUUGACGACGGCUCAUUUUCAACAGCAUCCGAAAUCGUUACGUGCUGUAUAUGACCUAGGUGAAAAGUGUACAGGCCGACAAAAUAGCGAGGAGUGCGUGCGCGAUGGUGCAGCGACAUCGUUCAUAUCAAUACCGCCCUUUAUAACCGCACAAUUCUCCACAAAAGAUCGUUUCUCCUUCAAAUAUGGACGCAUUGAGAUACGCGCGCAAUUACCACGCGCCAUCUGGGUCUUCCCGCAACUGUGGCUGCAGCCGGUGAAUGAAAAAUAUGGCGCCGAUGAUUAUCAGUCGGGUCAAAUGCGUCUCGCAUUCAGCUAUGUAAACGACACACAAAUGCAACUCUUCGGUGGUUUGAUUGUGAAUGCGAAUAGCGAUUGGCGUUGGGAGAAAAUGUGCGAAUUCCCCGAAACAGCCGCCUUCAAUUUGGGCAAUGACUUUCAUGUUUACAAACUGGUGUGGAGUGAAAACGAAAUUUCGGUGGCUAUUGAUAAUGACAAUUAUUGCACUUUCAAUCCCGUUAGGGACGGUAUUGUAGCCGAUAUGCAGAAGGACGGUAAAGAAUUACCGAAUAGAGCUUCGUUGCUGAAAGGCAGUAAAUUGGCGCCCUUCGAUCAAGAAUUCUACAUCACCAUGGGAUAUGGCAUUGGUGGCGUACACGAUUUUAAGGAUAAUGCUGGCUGGCGGCCAGAAAAGCCUUGGGGGAAUACUAACCCACGCGGCAUGGGUUCGUUAUUCAAGGACGUUAAGCCACAUUAUGAUCACUGGAUGGCGAGUGGAGAGAUGGUCAUUGAUUAUGUAAAAGUCUACUCUGUAUAAAUUUCCACAUUUUGUUUUGCUUUAGUGUAGAAAUUUAGUUUCUUUGUAAAAUUAAUAUGUUUGAUAUUUUUUAACGAUUUAAUGUAUUUAAAUUAUGAUUUUUGUUGAAUAAAUUUGAGAUAUACUAAACUGUAUAGCCUUUAACAAA